UCUUCUUCUUUCUCUCAACACCAAGAACCUCAUCCCAUCCUCGAUACCUUUCUCUCUCCUCUUUGCUUAGAAGUGGAGAGGGAGAGCCCAGACAAAAGCUUUGUACUUUGAACAACCUCAUUUUGUCCUCUUCAUCUCUUUUAAAAGCUCACCAGAGUCUCUCUCAUCGCUUUCUUGGAGUGAUCUUCUCCUCCUCCUGUCUCUCAACCACCACCUCCUCUUAACUCUUCAUACAAUGGCCUGAACCCAGCUCCGGAGCCAUGACGGCCAAGACCCACGUCCAAGACCUUCCCACCAGGCCGCCGCAGGGGCAUUGCCGCCGUGCGUCGCGAGGCAGGCCCUGGUACGACCUCCCCGAGAACCCCAAGGCUGCCGAGGCCCUUCGCCGGCUCCGCUCCCCCUUCCUCCUCUUCUCCGUGCUCCUCUCCUACGGUCUUGGGUUACUGUACUGCACCUCCAUCUUCUCGGCCGUGGCGCCGCCGCCCGCCCCUCUCCCCGGGUCGGUGUACCGGAGCAAGGAGCUCUUCGAGAAGCUCUUGCCGGACCUGCUGUCGGUCAAUUCCUCCACUGUGCAGCUGAACACAAUCUGGACAAGUAGAAGGAAACUGAAACAGUGGAAGGAUUGCACAAAUCAUAAAACGGAACACCCCGGAUCAACUGAACCAUUUGGUUACCUGAUAGUUGAUGCAAAUGGUGGUCUUAAUCAGCAACGUUCCUCGAUAUGUAAUGCCGUCGCACUGGCUGGGCUUCUUAAUGCUGUCCUCAUGAUCCCAAACUUCCACCUUCACAACAUCUGGAUGGAUCCAAGUGAAUUCAAAGAUAUCUACGACGAAGAUCAUUUUAUAAACACGCUUGAAGGCCAUGUGACAGUAGUGAGGGAUAUACCUGAGAUGGUUAUGGAAAGAUUUGGUUACGAUAUCAGCAACGUACCAAACUUGAAAGUAAAAGCUUGGGCAUCAAGCAGUUAUUAUUCUGAUGUUGCAGUACCGUUGUUACAGGAGCAUGGGGUUAUUCGCAUAAGUCCAUUUGCAAAUAGACUGUCAAAUGAAGUUCCAUCAGACAUGCAGAGACUUCGGUGUUUAGCUAAUUACAAGGCACUAAGGUUUUCUCUCCCAAUAGCAGCAAUGGCAAAGAAGUUGGCCGGCCGUAUGGUUGAGAAGAGCUCAUUGUCUGGUGGGAAGUAUGUCUCAAUCCACCUUCGCUUCGAGGAGGACAUGGUGGCCUUUUCAUGCUGCAUUUAUGAUGGAGGGAUGUCCGAAAAAGUAGAAAUGGAUUCUGCUCGCCAAAGAGGUUGGAAGGAGAAGUUUAAACUCCGAGGUCAUUGUUUGAGACCAGACCUAAACCGAAUGCAAGGAAAAUGCCCCUUGACACCUUUGGAGGCGGGGAUGAUGUUAAGGGGUAUGGGUUUCAGCAAUGACACUCCUAUUUAUUUGGCAUCUGGGAAACUCUACAAGGAGGAAACACAUUUAGCUCCUCUACUCCAACUAUUUCCUCUCCUUCAAACAAAAGAAUCUCUUGCUACUUCUGAGGAGCUUGCUCCAUUUCAGAACUACUCGUCAAGAAUGGCUGCUCUCGACUACUCCGUUUGCCUUCACAGUGAAGUUUUCGUGACCACUCAAGGUGGCAAUUUCCCACACUUCAUGAUGGGCCACCGGCGCUUUCUCUAUGGUGGCCAUGCCAAGACCAUCAAGCCAAACAAGCCAAAGCUAGCCGUGUUGUUUCAGGACACCAACAUCAGUUGGAAGGCUUUCAGAGGACAAUUGGAGGUGAUGCUUGAUGAGAGUGAAAGGAAGGGGAUGGUGCUCAGGAAGAGCAGUCAGUCAGUCUACUCCUUCCCUUCACCAGAUUGUGCAUGUCUCCAUGAUCAUCAAGCCAACUCAACAUUGUUCAAGAGAUAUCAGCACCACCAUGGAGUUGGCUGACUGCAGUGUUCAUCUCUCCACCUUGGAACCUGAAGGAGAACCCUUUUUUUGUGUUGAACACCUUCAUCUGAGACAGCACCUGCUUGGUUUUUGCAGCAGGAUGUGGUUGCAUGACUUUGCCUCUCAUGUAGAAAUGAUAUAUUGGAGGAUAAUGAGUGAUUUUUCUAUGCAUUUGCAAUUUUUUUAAUCUUUUUUUUUUUUUUUUCUGUUUUUGUUUGAUUGAUGGACAUGGGAGCCAACAAAAUGAAUAUUUUGGUGACCUAUUUUUCCUGUGAUUAAAGUGCAUUUUGGAAUCAA